GUUUGUUGGUAAAAGUUUGUUGUACUCUCUAGCUUCAUGCUGCUGUCAGCAAAAUAAAAUUAGAAGUAAAUUUAAUGUGUUACAUUCAAAGUGGACCAAGGGACACUAGCGUGAUUUCAAUCAAUGACCGGGGAAUUUGUGGGAAAAUAUGCGGGAGGUCUGCGAUUUGAAACAAGUUCAAACCAAAUGUGUCUUGUUAAGAUCCGUCACGUCUUGUAUUAUGGUGUGAAUGACCUUCAGUGAAGCGUGGGAUAGCAGGUAUGAACGGCUACAGAUGGUUAAACUAUCAGUGUCAGCAUACGACCUUGACCCACUUGACCAGCUGAGACAAUGGCGGACGUCCAGCAACAGGAAGUGACUAUUCACCUGACCAAAGAUGACGUCACCUCAAACUGGGGCUUCAGGUUUCAGGGAGGCACAGAUUUCUCCACCCCUCUCUCUAUACAGACGGUCAAUCCCGGGAGUAGGGCGUCGGUCUGUGGGCUCAGGACUGGGGACGUGGUACAGGCCAUUAACAACCACCCCGCCCACUGUAUGACGCAUGAUGACGCCAAGCAACACGUCAUAGAGUCAGGAAAUCAGAUUGAAAUGAGAAUAACCAGGACAGUCAGGGUGUAAACAUAACAGUCAAGUGAUGAGUUUACUCAUAGUUUGAUUGGCUGGACUUUUACAAAUUACAUUUUAUCCGUACAGUUUAUUUUUAAAAGGCUUUCAAUUGCUUUCUGUGAUAGACCCGAGCUCCUACAAACUCGCUUUUUUUAUUUACAUGUAGUUUUACAUUUGAUGUACCGUAUACUGAAUCUACUGUACACAUAGAUGUCAUGUUUACCUUGGUGACAUUUUGUCCAUUAUAUGAACAGCACACAUAGAUGUCAUGUUUACUUUGAUCUCACUAAGUGUUGAAGUAGCUUUAGGAUAUAAUUAUUAUUAUUAUUGGAUUUUAAUUGUUUACCUGGAAGGUAAUAAAUGUAAAGCGCUUUAAAAUAAUUAUUUUACCUUUUUUACUUUCUCGUAUAUACGAAGUAUAGAGAAAGUA